GAGCAGAAAUGCAUCUUGCCAAGAUCGUUGGGUGGCGUCCUGUACUGUGGUGUGGCCAGUGCUUCACAUCAGAACUGCCCCACAAGCCCUGCGGAGAGCACUGCUCAGCCUCCUGAGGCCCAUCUCUGCAUGGCUGGAAACGUUGGAGCCUUUCUGAGUGGAUAAUGGAGACAGCGUCGUCCCCAGAUCCUGCCAUGUCUCAGUGGAGGAGAGACGCGGUCGUCCCCAGACUCUGCCAUGUCUCAGUGGAGGAGAGACAGCGUCGUCCCCAGAUCCUGCCAUGUCUCAGUGGAGGAGAGACGCGGUCGUCCCCAGACUCUGUCAUGUCUCAGUGGAGGAGAGACGCGGUCGUCCCCAGACCCUGUCAUGUCUCAGUGGAGGAGAGACGCGGUCGUCCCCAGACUCUGCCAUGUCUCAGUGGAGGAGAGACAGCGUCGUCCCCAGACUCUGCCAUGUCUCAGUGGAGGAGAGACAGCGUCGUCCCCAGAUCCUGCCAUGUCUCAGUGGAGGAGAGACGCAGUCGUCCCCAGACUCUGUCAUGUCUCAGUGGAGGAGAGACGCGGUCGUCCCCAGACCCUGUCAUGUCUCAGUGGAGGAGAGACGCGGUCGUCCCCAGACUCUGCCAUGUCUCAGUGGAGGAGAGACAGCGUCGUCCCCGGACUCUGCCAUGUCUCAGUGGAGGAGAGACAGCGUCGUCCCCCGACUCUGCCAUGUCUCAGUGGAGGAGAGACAGCGUCGUGCCCAGACUCUGCCAUGUCUCAGUGGAGGAGAGACAUGAGGACUGGGACGUUCCUCCUGGGUUCUUCCAAAGGUUUACCUCUCUCUCCUCUCUCCUAGCCUGCCUCACGUCACCACCUCUCAGCUCCCAGCAAGCCCUCUGCCGGCUCAGCUCCCAGCAAGCCUCUGCUGGCUCUGCUCCCAGCUCAGACACCACUUACCUGCCAGAGGAACGUUUCAGCUGUGCUUGCAGCAGCCCCCCUCAGCACACUGAUCCCAGCCCAGAGAGAUGCUGUUGGGAUGGCUCUGGAGAGCCCUCCUGGUGCCUCCUGCUGCUGGAUCACAGAUCAGAGAUAGGCAGGCUCUCUGUCUUUUUCUCUCUGUCCACACUUUGUCUUCUAUGGAUGGGUACUGAAACCCGGUAUUAAACUGGCCCAGGUGCUAAAUAAUGAAAGACUGUAGUAUCGAUACGCUUGGAAGGGGAGGAGGGGGGCUCAGCAGGGGUCGAGACAGACCUGCCUCAGAGCCAAGCAGGCCGGCCCAGCCUCGAUGGAGCGGACCCUGGGGUCACCUCCCGUGGAGGAGGAAAUCGAGCGAGGAUCUGUGUUUCUGUGGGCAGUUCAAACGGUACGGCCCACCACAGCUAAGCUCAGCUCUGCCUAGUGUGGGUUCUAUGGUCCAGUAAUUGGAAUGCACUUUUUGAAGUGUGUGUGAUCUCCCCCGCCCCCCCCGCCCCCACACGGCAUCCAGACGAGGGGAACACGUGACGGCUGCCCUUUCCUUCAAACACAACCCUCACCAGGGGGGCGGCUGUGCUCUUUACACCAAAUCCUAGUGAUUUAAACCACAUUUAAUUGAGGGCCUUAUUAAAAUCGAAUGCAUAAAUAAAUACAACCCAGGAAUAGUGAACUGGAGUGCUGCUCUGGAAGAUGGAAGUCUGAUCAGAGCAGUGCUGCUCUGGAGGGUAGAGGUCUGAUCAGAGCAGUGCUGCUCUGGAGGAGAGAGGUCUGAUCAGAGCAGUGCUGCUCUGGAGGGUAGAGGUCUGAUCAGAGCAGUGCUGCUCUGGAGGAGAGAGGUCUGAUCAGAGCAGUGCUGCUCUGGAGGGUAGAGGUCUGAUCAGAGCAGUGCUGCUCUGGAGGAGAGAGGUCUGAUCAGAGCAGUGCUGCUCUGGAGGGUAGAGGUCUGAUCAGAGCAGUGCUGCUCUGGAGGAGAGAGGUCUGAUCAGAGCAGUGCUGCUCUGGAGGGUAGAGGUCUGAUCGGGGUUUAAAACGAGCAGAGUUUGAUUAGCCACAACCUAAUUUAGCUCCCAGGAAGAGAUUAAGCUCCCAGGAAGAGAAGUUUUGCACUUCUGUGGAACACUAAUGAUUCAUGUGUCUGCAUGGUGUGUCUGUGUGCUUGUGUGUGUGUGAAAGAAUGUGUAAGACAGUGUGUAUGUGGGAGUGUGUGUGGGAGUGUGUGUGUGUGUCUGUAAGGGAGAUGGUACACGCUGUCUCAGCAGUGUUAGUUGGUGUCAGAGCUGCAGAGGUUAUUUAGUCAGAAAACACAGAGCUCCCAGCCUGCACACACCAACCUUCAGUCCAGACUAGGGCUGGGCGAUAUAUACAAAAAAAACGAUAUCUCGAUAUUGUCAAAAGUUUUACGAUAUUCUAUAUAUAUGUCGAUAUGUUUGCAUUUGCAUUUAAAUAAUAAAAUCAUGUUUUUUUCUUUUGCCUCCAUUAGAACACAACAUAAACAAUUGAGAUAGAACAGCUAUUGUUACAAAGUACAAAAUGUGUAGUGCAAAUUUAAGCAGUUGCCAUAACAUGGUACUUUUAACUUGACAAAAUGGACCUCACAUGGAACAGUUGACGCAGAGGUCCUUCUGUGACAGGACAAUAAGAGAGCAGUGUGAGUGCCUGUGAGUCUGAGGUUGUGCACAUGCUCUUCUAGCUCUCAUGACCAAGCCAGGACUCCUCUCUCUUGUCAUGUUCUCCUCCUGCUGACUGUAGGGGCGACUGGACAAACAUCCUCAUGCACAUGGUUAGAAUGUUAGGAACAACAGCAACCGCACAUGGUUAGAAUGUUAGGAACAACAGCAACCGCACAUGGUUAGAAUGUUAGGAACAACAGCAACCACACAUGGUUAGAAUGUUAGGAACAACAGCAACCGCACAUGGUUAGAAUGUUAGGAACAACAGCAACCGCACAUGGUUAGAAUGUUAGGAACAACAGCAACCGCACAUGGUUAGAAUGUUAGGAACAACAGCAACCGCACAUGGUUAGAAUGUUAGGAACAACAGCAACCGCACAUGGUUAGAAUGUUAGGAACAACAGCAACCGCACAUGGUUAGAAUGUCUGGCUCUUUAUUGGUUUAAGCCAUCAGGGUUAUUUUUGGUUUAACUUAAUCUGGGACUUAAAAUAAUAGGUCAGCUACAACCCAUUUUGUGAAAUAACCUUUGGCUUUCUAAUGUUCCUUGAGCUAGACAGUGUACAGUAUUGAUUAGCCUUGUUAAGCUUGAUCAUGCAGAGCAGAUAUUAGAGUCUGUCCUUCUGAAUCUGUGCUGCUAGUGCUGUAGUGUCUGAAUCUGUGCUGCUAGUGCUGUAGUGUCUGAAUCUGUGCUGCUAGUGCUGUAGUGUCUGAAUCUGUGCUGCUAGUGCUGUAGUGUCUGAAUCUGUGCUGCUAGUGCUGUAGUGUCUGAAUCUGUGCUGCUAGUGCUGUAGUGUCUGAAUCUGUGCUGCUAGUGCUGUAGUGUCUGAAUCUGGGCUGGAGGAGAGACAGAGCUGAACCAGUCCUCCACACCAAACUCAUCAGUAAUGAGUGUAUUCAUCCUCUUCUCAUUAGUCAAUCCCACUUCAGUUUGUCAGCGGCUUGCAGGCCCUGGCAGGAAGUGUCAUUCCUCAAAACCCCGGGUUAAUGAAGUGUAUGAUGCUCGCAGCAUGUGUGUCCUGUUUCCUGUUGGGGCUGUGUUUGGGGCAGGGCUGGUGUGUUUGGGGCGAGGCAGAGCUGCGUUUGGGGCAAAGCUGCUGUGUUUGGGGCAGGGCUGGUGUGUUUGGGGCGAGGCAGAGCUGUGUUUGGGGCGGGUUGGUGUGUUUGGGGCUAGGCAGAGCUGUGUUUGUGGCA